GGGAGGAGGGAGGGGAAUGGAUCUUUUCUAUGUGAGUCGCCGGAGCUCCCUCAGCCUGCUCUUUACCACCUGUCCUUGACUUACAGUGCUCAGACGAGACUGAGUGGAAGCUGUGGUGUUCACUCCGCCGUCUGGCUCCGCUCUGUCUGUGUUUAUGUGAACAGCUGCAUUUUUUUAAAUCUUUCACUGUGUGUGUGGCUGUUUCUUUCUACCUGUGGUGCUUCAGUGGAGGGGCGAAAAAAGGAACGUCGGCCGGUGGAGCUCAGAUGGGAGGCAGCGCUGGGUCUGUCUAGGACUGGGGAUGCUGAACAGGGGGAGGGAGGGCCUGUUUGAGCUGGGGCAGCAGCUCCAGCAGCAGGGGGAGUAUCAGGCCGCUCUCCACUGCUUCCUCAGCUGCCUGUUGGGACUGACCCAUGUACAGAGCUUCACCUAUUUGCCCAACUGCCUACACCAGAUUGCAGAACUCUUCAUCACUGAAAAGAAUUAUGAGAAGGCCCUCCAGUUCAUCCAGGCUGAGAAAAUGUUCUAUGAGGUGGCAUUGAUCGAGCUCACAACUCUUCAUGGGAGCACAGGGCCUCAGGAGGAGGCGACGCUGGGCUCUGGAGGAUGGACAACCCCAGAGGAGCUUUCGGAGCAAGCCUCCCAGGCACAGCAACUCGAACGGCUGGCCCAGCUCUGCAUCAUGAGCAAACAACCACAUCUUGCUUUAGAAUACAGCGGUAAGGCUGCAAAGAUCCACCAGAGGGCCUUUGGUAAUGACCACCCCAUCACAGCCAGAAGCCUGGAGCUUAUGGCUACUGUCUAUGCUGAGAUCGGCAAGACUGAAUAUUCAGACUCCCUGGGUCAGUGUGUAUCUGCACUGUCCAAACGCUUUGCUGCUGCAGAGUCCAUCCGAGACACCGUCAGCUGUAUUCCUCAUUCCCACCGGGAGAAACACUCAGAGGUCCGCCACAGAAAGGACACCCACCACCAACAGGAGGAGGCACUGGAUCCUAAGCUGUAUCUGAUGCAGGUAACCAAUGGCAAAGUCCCCUCCUCCAUUCUAAAGAGACCCAGUCCCAACUCCGGGUCAGACACAGAACCAAACCACAGACGGAAAGGCAAGCGGAGGGUUCGAUUCAGGGAGCCAGAGACCACAGUACAUGCCUAUGAGACGACAGCGUCCCGCCCCCACCUCGCCCUGUUCACCUGCCUCUUCCUGCUGAUGUCAUUCCUGGGUGUGGCCAUGUACUGCACAGACCAACGGCGCCCACAGCGAGUGUGUGAGGAGCUGGAGGACGGUCUGUCUGUCUACCUGCUGCAUAUGAAACGGCUUGUGUGGGGCUGCUGGAUAUGGCUGACCAUGCAGUGACUGAGACCCGCCACAGGUGGAGACAUGGGGCCUCCUUUAAUUUUUUCAGAGCCCUGUUUUUUUCCUGUCUCUGAAGGAGCCUACAAGAGCCUACAAACACCUCGGCCUUUUGGCAAGGCUCUGUCUGUGCUGUUCAACCACUCGCAGUGAAAAAGGGAACAUGUUUAUUCCCAGAAAAAUGUAGCUUCCAUGGCUUUAUGUACAAAUGUGCUAAGGUGGUGGGUACGCCACUCCUUAUUUCAUGUGCGAUUUUGCAUUUCUGCAAUGUUGAUGCUCACAUAUACCGCUCAGUGAGUCCCAACAACCAUGUCACUGUCUAAUGUAUGUGAGUGACUGUUUUCAUGGAAUGUAUUGAAACAUGGAAUGUUUCAAUACUGAAACAUGGAAUGUUUUCGUUUUUGGAAUGUAUUGAAACAUGGAAUGUUUCAAUACAUGAUUUGUGUACAUCAGAUAUUACACAGAACUGAAUGUGUAUAAAUGGUUCAAUAUAUAAUAAGGACUAUCAAAAUGUUCUGCCUUGUAAUUGCACAUAAAUGAAUGUAGAGAAGUUUGGAAACAGCUUUGAUUGGAUAACUGUUGGAUAAUUAUCUGUGAGAUAGAAAACACAGGGCUGCAUCACUUCACAGCACCAGGUUGAAUGUCUAGCAGAUGAAAAACACCUCUUUCUUUCCAGACCGUCUGGUCCCCUGUACAAUCGACUGUCUCCAGCUGAUUCCUAGCUCCACUGAGGAAAAAAUCUACAGCACAAUGUUAUGAAUUUUCUCACCUUAUCUAAUAUCGAAGAGAAUAUACUCGUACUGAAUGAAUACUAAUGCUUUUGACAGUGUUCCUCUUUAUAACCGCUUGAAUCUCACAAAAUAUCCUUGAUCCUAAAUGUUAUUUAUUCUUCUAUACUGUAUAUCUGCAUCUACGAAAAUAUCCAACUUCAAACUAUUUCCGUUUUUUUUUAUUACUUUUUGUUACCUGUUAUAUUUCUAUUUAAAAACUAUAAUAUUCAGGUUUUAACCGUGAUGACAAAGGCUCAUCAAGCUUUGGACAAAAAUAAUAUGUAUCAUUUGUAUCAAGUUCAUUGCCAUUAAUAUGAGGCCAAACAGAAAUAUGACCAUUGAUGAUGAUUCUGUAUAUUAUUUUGCGAGUCCCUUUAUCAAAUGAAGCAACAACAAAAAAGAUAGAAAUCACACAAAUGGAUUAUAGGAAUCAUUGGGCACAGAUCCCAAAGACCUCUCAUUAUUAGCAAUAACACACAUGACAUGGUUUCCAGUAAAACAUCUUUAUAUAACAGGUUUCAGGGAAAUUGUUGGAUUAGAGGUUUUGCGUUUGAAUGUCAAAGCAAUAUCAGGCUAAUACACCUGUGUAGAAGAAAGAAACACUCUCUGCUCUGUAUUGUCAAACUAAAUUGUCAUUAGCAAUAAAACAAUACCCAGUGAACUCAUGUCCUGCAUAUACACAUUUAUCUUAGAAGCUGCAUUUCCCGGCUGUCCAAACGUUUAUGGUCACUUUGUAAGAAGUGCCUUUAUGGAAGGUUUUCUUAGUUCCUACCGUGUUAUGAUUUCAGUUGUUUUGAAUAAAACUGUCAUUGCCUAUCAAGGUCAAGGAGCUGAUUUGCUAUCUUCCUGUAAUCUCUGGCCAUAUGCGAGUGUGUGAUGUGAAUGUAACAAGGAGAGGUGCGUGCAGGGACAUUUGUGCGUCUACUCACAGUAAUACCGUAUAUUGGUUGUCGCCUAUAAA